GCGGCGGCGCGGGCGUCACCUACAAGCACCCGCUGGUGAGCCUGCCGGCCCGCGCCACUUUCGUGUGGUUCCUCGAGCUGCUUCGGCUUGGAUGGCGGCGCCCGCUGGAGUUCUCCGACCUUGGGAAGCUGCCGCGCGAGGAGGAGUCGCGGGUUCAGUAUGAAAGGUUCAGUCCAACACUACAACGCUGAAGAGCUGCGGUGCCAGACCAAAGACGCCAAGCGGGCACCCUCGCUGUGGCGCGUCUUUGUCAGGACCUACUGGCGGCAGAUGGCGGCCGGCGGUGCCUUCAAGGUGCUCGGCGAUGCCGUCAACUGCGUCGCGCCGCUCGCCAUCGCCCUCAUCGUUACGUACGUCACCGACGUCCAGGCGGGGACCCUCGUGCGCAGCGGCGUCGUCGUGGACAAGUUGUUCUAUGUGGGCUGGUCGGAGGUGGUGCGUAACGGGUGGGUGGUGGCAGUGGUGGCACUGGUGGCCGCCCUCGCGCAGUCCACCUUCAGCCAGGCCUCCACCCACCUGGUGGCGAUGGAGGGCAUCCACGUGAAGGCGGCGCUGCAGGCGAUGGUGUACCACAAGUCCUUGCGGCUUUCCGCAACGACACAGGAGGAGCAGGAGGCGUGUCCCCGCCGAGGCAGCCAAGACAAGGGUCAGGACGGGUCGCAGGGCGCUCGCGGAGGCGUGGACGCGGGUGGGGUCAUUAACCUCAGCUCUGAGGACGCAGAUAGCAUCAUGACCUUCUUCAUGCACUGCCACUAUAUCUGGGCCAUCCCGCUCAAGGAUCGGCGUGAUCCUGGCGCUCCUGUGGUUGGCAGCUCGGCGCCUCGGCCGUGGUGGCAGCCGGUGGCUGGCAUCCUCUUCCUGACGCCGCUGCAGUUUGGUCCUCUGCAAGAGAUCGCCGCCGUCAAUAAGAAUUUCUUGGUGAGGCUUCUUCUUUACGUUGCGGAUUCCAAGCGCCUGCAGAAGGAAAAGCAUUUUUCAUUUUGUGAUUUGGGGACCAUUUGCAUUGAUGGCAUUUUCUUUGGAAAACGAGAUGCUUUUGCUCCACGUGAGCGGACGAGCGGCUGCGCCAGACGCCACGAGCUAGUCACGGGCAUCAAGCUGGUGAAGCUGCACGCGUGGGAGGACGUGUUCAUCCGGCGCGUCACCAGCACCCGCGAGAGGGAGCUGCACCUCCUCUACAGGGACUCCAUUUUACCGCGCCCUCAUGACCUUCCUGACCCAGGCUCCGGCGUGGUGGUGUGCCUCGUGACCUUCGGCCUGUACUCUCUGCUGGAGGGAGCGGCGCUGGAGCCCGCCCGUGUCUUCUCGGGCCUGGCGCUCUUCAACCAGCUCACGGUGCCGCUCUUCAUCCUGCCAUCAUCGUCUCGCACACCAUCAGGGCCAAGAGCUGGAGUUCGAAGGCUGGAAGAAGAGAAGGAGCGGAGGAAACGGCGAGCGCGGGGGCGACGGCCGCAAGGUAGCGGUGCGCAUCCAGAGUGGCUCCUUCGCGUGGGAUCCCACCUGCCGCCACAGCGUUCUCGAAAACAUCACGACGGAGGUGCCUGCAGGCGGGCUGACAGUGGUAGUGGCGGCGUGGGCGCGGGCAAGACCUCGCUCCUGCUGGCGAUGUUGGGCGAGAUGCACACACUCAGGGGAGAACUUCAGUGGAACGGCGAAAUGUCGGUGGCGUACGUGUCGCAGCACCCGUGGCUCAUGCACGCCACCCUCAGGGACAACGUGGCGUUCGGGAGGCAGCUCCUCGCCAAGCGCUACAGCAGGGUCAUCCAGGCGUGCGCGCUCGCCCCCGACAUCGAGAUCCUGCCAGGAGGGGACCAGGCCGAGAUCGGGGAGCGGGGCAUCAACCUGUCGGGCGGGCAGCGGCAGCGCGUGGCCAUCGCGAGGGCGCUCUACUCCGACGCCCGCACAGUCAUCAUGGACGCACCCUUCUCCGCCCUGGACGCAGGCGUAAGUGCCAAGGUGUGGAGGAGGGCGUGGUCAAGCUGCUCCUCCAACGCCGACGCACCGUCAUCCUGGCGACGCACCUUACUCACCUCACUCGCCACGCCACCAAAAUCAUCUACCUGGAAGGCGGUAGUAUCAAGCACCAGGGCACGCCCUCGGAGAUGGCCCGGGCAGCGCCAGAGCUGUGGCGCGAAUGGGGACGAAGGAGGGGGCCCCGUGGGGGGUUACGACUACGAGGGGCGGCUCGAGGGGCGCACCGCGAGGGAGAGGUGGUCGCUCCUUCGCCUCGUCACGAGGAUCUCCAUCCAGAGGGGCUCGGCGUCGCCGCACCACACGCGCAGGGGCGCCAGGGAAGAGAGCAAGGAGGUGGAGUUCUGCCCGCGCCCCGUUAGGAAGUACAGCAUCAAUCGCCACGUGAGCCACAGCGCCCUCCUGCCGGGGGACGAAUGCGAAUACCUCCCCGCUCUGACGCCGCCGCUGCCGAGACACGCCUUCGCUCACACGCCCUCCAAGCUCCCGCUCUUCAGGAUCAAGUCGAGCGCGCCGGCCUUCGGCAGGAAAUCGUCUCGGGCGGCGCGGGGAGGGCUGCCCCGCCACGCUAAGAGCCUCCCGCCGCAGCCCCGCCCGCUGCCCCGCAUGCGCUCCACGCCCGCUUUCGCGCCGCAGGGCAACAUGCUGCACAGACUCUUCUCCAGCGCCUCCAUCAAGUGCCAGCGGAAGAGAAGGCUCGAUGUGCUUCCUUUUGCCUCUCGUCCCGGCGGCCGGAGCGGGAGUCUUAUUCUGACGAGGAACAGGAAAGGCAACUGCUUUGGCUGUCGUCAAACUCCUGCUUGGAAGCAAAGUAAAAGUAAUGUCGUUGCAAGGCACCAACUGCCACGAUUCACAUUUAGCGGAGAGGUGCAGGGCCUCACGCUGAGGCGCCCGUCACACCUCAAACAACCUCGGGACGACCUCGAUGAAGACCUGGAACUUGAGGAAGAGGUCCCUCUCGAGGAGGACGUCGGGGAUGGGAGGCUGGUGGCCGAGGAGGAGCGCGAGCGAGGAAGGAUCUCCAAGUGGAACUACGUGGUGUACCUGCGUGCGUGCGGCCUUACCUUCGGCCUCGGAUACCUCUUCUGCGCGCUGCUGGGCCAAAGUAAGGCGCCGCCUGACUUGCGUUCUCUCUCACUCUUACCUCUUUCUCUUUUGUUUCUUCCUUACGUAUUUUCCUCUUUCUCCGUGUGUCCGAUGCUGGACUUCUGGCUCGGCAAGUGGUCGGGCAAGGCCGACGCGUGGAACAUGACGGAGAGGAGCCACUGGGAGGCCUACGAGACCCACCUACGCCAGAAGAGCCUGCCGGGCGAACGAGCCAAGCCGGUGGACCCGCUGGUCUCAGCGUCAGCGAUAGAUACACGGCCUUCGUGGAAGAGACGAAAAAAAAAAAAAAAAAAAACUGUUUCCUUUCAGACCAAACACCUUCAACCUUCCCGCUUCCUGCAGAUGGACUACUACUACAAGGUGUACGUGGGCCUCUCGGGCGUGUCUGUGCUCCUGUCCCUGUCCACGAACAUCCUGGGCCAGGUGGCGGCGGCCCGGGGGCGACAGAGGCUCCACCGGGACAUGCUCCAGAACCUGGCCAAGUGCGCCGUGCGGUUCUUCGACACCACUCCCGCUGGCAGGAUCAUGAACCGGUUCACCACGGACACUGCAAUGAUUGAUAAGGAGCUGGCGCGGUCGGUGACGCACCUCCUUUUCUUCGUACUGAUGGUGACGUCGGCGGUCGUGGUGAACGCCGUCGUGACGCCCGCUUUCCUGGUGGUCGCCGUACCCAUCUGCGGACUCUACUACGCCGUGCAAAAGUUCUUCCGGUGCUCCUCGAGAGAGCUGAAGCGCCUGGAGAGCCUAUCGCGUUCGCCGCUCUACAGCCACAUCAGCGAGAGCGUCGCUGGCGCCGUGGUCGUGCGCGCCUACGGGCACCAGCGCAGGUUCACAGACGUCCUGCUCCACCGCCUCGACACGCAUGUCACGGCCUUCACCCUCCUCCACGCCGGCAACCGCUGGCUUGGCAUCUGUCUCGACUACAUCGGCGGCGUGAUAGUGUUCUGCGCGACCGUGGCGACGCUGCUGUGGUCGACGGUGUUCCAGUACGAACUGAAGCCGGCCAUGGUCGGUCUGGCCAUCAACUACACGCUCCUCGUGCCCGUCUACCUGAACUGGGUGGUGCGCUUCCUCGCCGACACGGAGAUGUGCCUGAACGCAGUGGAGAGGGUGCAGCAGUACGCCACGCUGCCCGCCGAGGACGCCCGGCCCGCCAGGAGGGCCACGCCCGCGCGAGACUCGUCCGGCGGCCGCCGCCGCCGCUCCUCCAGCCGCACCUCGGGCAGGUCAAGGUCGUCCUCGGGGUCAGGCUCAACGUCGAGGACAUCGGGACUCCCCCCGGGUUGGCCGCUGGAAGGACGAGUCGAGUUCCAGUCGGUGACCUUGACCUAUGACCCAAUGCUCGCCCCCGUGCUGAGUGGCCUGACAUUCACCAUUAACCCGGGGGAGAAGGUCGGGCUGUGCGGCAGGACAGGCAGCGGCAAGAGCUCGCUCAUCCUCAGCCUGUACAGGAUCGUGGAGGCUUCUCGCGGCCGCAUCCUGCUCGACGGGACCAACAUCCUCGCCGUUCCAUUGCAGGUCCUCAGGGCUUCCAUAUCCGUGAUCCCGCAGGACACACAUCUCUUCCAUGGGUCCGUCAGAUUCAACCUGGAUCCCCUCGGCCAGCACCCCGACGAGCGGCUGUGGCGCGCCCUUGAGAUCGCGCAACUCAAGCCACUGGUCGCCUCCAUGCCGGCCGCGCUCGAGAGCGAGGUGGGAGAGGGCGGCAGCAGUUUCAGCGCGGGGCAACGGCAGCUGUUCUGCGUGGCGCGGGCGGUGUUGCGGCGUUCGUCGCUGCUGGUCAUGGACGAAGCGACGUCGGCGCUGGACGCGGCCACCGAGAGGGCGCUGCACACGGCGCUCAGGACCGCCUUCAGCCACGCCACCGUCAUUACCAUUGCGCACGGCGUCAGCAGUCUCCUUGAGUACCCCCGUGUCCUUGUACUAGAAAACGGGCACCUCGUAGAAGAUGGAGAUCCGAAGGAACUUGCCAAGAAGGAAAACGGGGCGUUCGCUAAACUACUGACUGCCACAAGCGAAUCUUCGAAAUCUUGAAUUUCUUGAAGUAGGCUGUUGUGACAUCGAAAUCAGACGUUUGAAAUACUUCAUCUAUGAAAAUAACUGUACUGUAAGUGAAGGCAGCUAUUAGUGAUAAAAAAAAUAUCAUAUUUUUCGUAUAAACGAAAGAGACGUUUUUAGUAAAUGAAAUAUACUAAUGUAAUAUUACAGUUUGGAAUGUGACAGAAUACAAUUCAGACGUGAAGUGGUAAUGUUGGAAACAAACUGAAUCGGAGUACAAUAGGACUUUUUUUUAAUCAAAAAAAAAUCAUUGUGUGAGGUGUGGCAUACAAAUACCCCUCAUUGGUCACUGGACCACAAAACGUGAUGUUGCCAACAAGGAUAGUGCUAACUGUCGUCAAAAUCACAUAUUCCGGUGAUAGUGUUGAUGACUGAGAGGACAGUCUUGGUGACGGCGAAAUUUAGUAAACAGGUGGAAGUAACAAAUAUAAUAGUAUAUCAAAUAUUACAAUCACAUUUUAAGUAACCAAGACAAACUAAGGAAUAUACAUAAUGUUCUUUCAUUAGUCUGUGGCGUAAAAUGCCUUCCCUAGUCGGAGUGUGUGCUAACCUAUUAUGCGUAAAUGUGAAAUUAGUGUGUGUAUAUAUUUCAAAAUCGGGUCAAUCUAUAGCAGGUGUUUGCGUCAGGAUAUGAUUUUUUUUUUCUGAUAAACACACUUUCAAGACUGUUGUUAAGACAAAUCAUUUGACCAGAUGACCAACCUCUUUUAGAGGACUUUAGUGUUCAUUACAACAUAAAAGUUUUUCCUUUCAUUUUUAACCGAAAUUGUGAAGCAUUUGCACGCAAUUUACGGAAUGCAUUUAUGUGUGUUCAUACUAUAUAUAUGUUGAGAAUCGAAGAUUUUAUUGUCAUAAAUAUACAGGAGGAGUAGUAAGCCUCCAAAGGUUGUGAUGAGACUUGUGUCAAGCUUUAGUCUGACGGCCGUUUGCCAGGAAGCACAUGCAUAUAUAUUUGAGGAGCUUUGCCUUCGCUGAGCAUCGUCUCUUUGUCACUGACGUGUGUUCAGCUGUAAGCAUCAUGUUUAUGUAUCGAUUUCUAAGAUGUAGUGAUUUAAGAAUAACAAUCAUAUGUACCUUGAAAGUUAGAGAGUAAAAAAGUGGUCAUAAUAUGAAAUAGCCGGGAGUGACAUAUCGCCAAGUUUAUAGUGAAAUACUUUUUAUUUCUAGAUAAAACGGACUUUAUUUUUUAAGAAAUAUCUUACAGAAGACGAAAUAAGUUUUUUCAACGUGACCCACUUGUUCUUCCCUUUAAUGUUCACUCGUUACUCUUCAAGCGCAAGUUCAUGAAGCGAGCAGGGCCAAGGUUGUUAUAAGGAUAUUCUGUACUUUUAUUGUUGUAAACCGGUGCUUGUGUUAUUAACACGUCGAUCCAUUGUCAUUUCUUGAAAUACUACUGACAUGUGUAGCAUGAGACAGUGUAUACCUUGUGAUAUGGACUGAGAUAGCUUCCAUGUAUAUCUCUGUAUGAUGAAAUAUUUUUAUGUGUAUAUAGAAAGUGAACCGAGUGUCACAAAGAUACGUUUAUAACUUUUCUCUGGUGUUCCAGUUAACAGAUAUCACUCACGAAAAGAAUUUUUUUCCAUUAGAAAAGUGACUAAUAGAAGGUGACUGUGUUUGCACGUGUGUGUGUGUGUGUGUGUGUGUGUGUGUGUGUGUGUGUGUGUGUGUGUGUGUGUGUGGUG